GUGGAGCUUUCUAUCUGGUAAACAAUGCAAUCUGGGGGAUAAAGUGGAGUCUUUCAUUUCUCUUCUGAAAAAUUGUUCAUCCAUCUGUAAUGGUAGAUCUUCGACCCCAGAUUGGCAUACCAGCAGGUGCCUCCACCAUUGAUGAACCAAAAAUGAAAGGCUCUACCUUUCGUCUUACCCUUCUUAAAUUUUAUAGAUUAAUAUCCACACGAUGGCAACAAAGGAAGAAAUCCUCUUCAUCUGAUGAUACAACUCCCGGUCAUAAAAGGCUUCAAGACGUAGACGCUCUUGUUGAUAUUCAAUUACCCGACGUCGUUUCAGAAUCACCCCAUAAGGAUGUUAUUGAGGAAGAUUCGGAUCACAAGGAAAAAAUGUAUGGAGCGAUUCACUGUUUUUCCUUUAGAAGCCGAAGCGUCAAUCAUAGAUUUCAUUUUCCUUCGUCAAGAAGCGGUAGCAGAAGGAAGGACCAUUCACCAACACCAUCGUUGGCUUCUUCUCUAUUUAGAAGCGUGAGUCGGAAGAGCAGUGUGGACGAAUCAAGUCUUGGUGGGUUCCCAGCGUCUCUCAGCAGAAAUGCGAGUCGUAGGAGCACCUCCAACCCCAUCAUGUACUCGAACUCGACGGGGUUUGUGAAGCCGCCGCCUAUUCAGAAGGAGCUGGAGUGCACUCUUGAGGAGCUGUGUUUUGGGUGUACCAAGAAGAUCAACAUCACAAGAGAUGUCAUCUUAGCUAACGGACAAGUAAAUCAAGAGGAAGAGUUACUAUCAAUAAAAGUGGAGCCAGGAUGGAAGAAGGGAACAAAGAUAACAUUUGAAGGCAUGGAAAAUGAGCUUCCGGGGGCUCACACAGCUGACAUAACCUUUGUGGUUACAGAGAAAGAGCAUCAAAUGUUUAUCCGAGAAGGCGAUGAUUUGAAACUGGAAGUAGACAUACCUCUGGUUGACGCGCUUACUGGUUGCACCAUUCAAAUUCCUCUGCUCGGAGGGGAGAAGAUGGAUUUGAGCAUUGACGAAAUUGUUCAUCCUGGCGAGGAAAAGAUAAUUGAAGGGCAAGGGAUGCAAACGAAAGAUGAAACAAAGAGAGGGGAUUUGAAACUGCAUUUCCGAGUCAACUUCCCGAAAGAACUAACAGAUGAUCAACGGUCUGAUGUUCUCAGUAUUUUAGAGGGUAAUUGUUGAUUGGUAUGUUUGUCUAUUGUAAUCUGUAAUUUAUAAUAUAUAGGAAUCAAUGAUUAUUGUAUUUA